CAUAUUUAAUUUUUGGGGAAAAAAAUUGGGGCCUGUUGCUUUUUGAUGGCUUUUCUCUUUGGUGGUUACCCUGGAAACGUUACAAACUUUAGUUGGAAAGAGUGCAAAGAUUUCCACAAUAAAAAACUUUAUAAUGUUAAACCCUGAUAAAAAUGGUUAUGUGCAUACUACUUGGCCAAGCAAAAAUAUCCCACAUGGAGGAAUAUUUCAUACUCGCGUGACGGAACCAACGGACAGUCAGCAACAGUUGCUAAGGGUUUUAUUAGAAGAAUCAAAGCUUACUAUCGCUCAGCGACAAAAAUCAUCUCUAAGGCUCCGUGAUGAUAAGGAAAGAAGAGAAAAUUCUGAAGUACUUAUCCAAAUGCCUGUGGUUCGUCCCAGAACAUCCCGUCGAAGAUCACUGUCCACUAUCAGAGAAUCUGGAGUCUUUAACGUAGAUGGAUAUCGACCAUUGAAACGUGGCGAAGACAGGGAACAAUUGAAAGAGAGGCUGGCUAACACAAUGGCUUUCGGAAAUGACCAACAACAGCCGCCUCCUGUUUUCAUAGACAAGAAAAAACAACAACCCAAAUUGCCUACUGCUAACCAAAAGUGGAAUGAAUUGGUCACUCAAAUUCGAGAACGCACUGAAUGGCUUGCUGAAAUGGAAUAUUUGGGACAAGCGGGCCCGCAUCGAGACAUUAUAAAAGAUCAGAUUGCAGAAAGAAUGCGUGCUUUAGAUGCUUUGGGAAUCGAUAGCGAGUGCUCAACGCCGAAGUCGACUGCUUCAGGAUUUAGCACAAAACCAUCUCAACCGCUAGACUUGAAAAGUCAUCGGAGUACCUCGACAGCGGUAUCAAAAAAUUCUGUGAAUGGCAAGAAAAAGCAAAUUGUUGCCCGGAAUUCUAGAUCGCGCAACAUCGAAGAAAACGUGACAGCGUAUUCUCAACUUUCGCCACUGCAAUACUCUCCUAGACGUCGCCAGUAAAAUAUUUACAAUAAGUAUUGUACAGAAUUUUCUUAUUUUGUUUAUAAUUAUAUUCAUUGACCAUAGUAAGCUUUGAAUAUUCUUUUUAAAUUUCGAAUUUCUUUUUUAUAUUUCAAUAUUUUUUAGCAAACUUAUUAGGUAGACUUUGAUUAUUAUAAUGUCUAGAUAGAGUGUCACCAUAAAGUCUGGCAAACGAAAGUAGAGACUGAAAAAG